AUGGAGGGAAAAUUGGAUGUGGCGAGAUUGAGCGCGGACGCGUUGCGAUACGAACUCAAAGUCAGAGGUGUUACAGAGCAAUUAGCGCACGAUGAGACAUAUGAGGCAUACGUUGAGAAACCAUACGGGAGGAUUUGGCGCAAAUACAGAUCAAAAUCGAUGAGUACGCGGGAAUCGCGAAUACGAUAUAUUUGUUGGGGCGCGAAUACGAUAUACUUGUUGGAGCGCGCGAAUCGUUCACAACCGAAAGAGAAAGCCGAUAAAGACUUAAGAACGGGGUUGGUUACACAAAUCGUAACGUUGAUAUCGAGACUCGAAUUGAAAACGAGAACUACUUCUACUCUAGAUCCUUCGUCGAAUCUGAGUGAUACGUCAUCGGAUGAUAGCGAUGUUCCAGAUGGUAUGGCGGGAUCCUCUAAAUUAGUUUCGGUAACGAAGUGGGGAAUUUCUUUCGCCACAGACGGUAAAAGUUCUUUGAGUGCGUUUUUAGAACGCGUAAAUGAAUUAAGAGUCGCGAGGGGUGUCUCGAAGUCUGUUCUGUAUACAUCUGCGGUGGAUUUGUUUAGGGAUCGAGCGUUGAUAUGGUAUCGUGCGAACCGGGGUAAUUUCGCGAAUUGGGAGGAAUUAGUGGAAGGUUUAAAGUUAGAAUUUCAGCCCGUUGAUUACGAUGAUAGACUCUUUGAAGAGAUACGUCAUCGCACACAGGGACCUGGCGAAUCGAUGGUAAUUUAUGUGUCGGUUAUGAGGAAUUUGUUCUCACGGUUAAAUACGCGAAUACCGGAAGAUACUCAAGUUAAGCUAAUGCUUAAAAACUUAACUCCAGCUUUCCAGCGACAAUUAACUUUGGUUGAGGUCGAUUCGGUUGAGCACUUAUUGCGGUUGGGGAGAAAAUUAGAAGCAACUAAGUUAUCCGUGGAUAGUUACGCACCACCGAAUCGUGUUGCAAGGGUAUUAGAAGCAGACUUAACGUACAUUCAAACAGACGAGACGGUAUCAGUUGCGGAGGCGGUCGAGCAAAGCGCGACAACGAGCGAACCAAUAUGUUGGAACUGUCAAAAACGUGGACAUAUUGCUAGAGAGUGUAGAGCUCCUAAGAGUCAUGUACGUGAUGACGAGAGACCGUAUUUAACUGUUAGCGUGCUGGGGAGAAAAAUAGUCGGAUUGCUUGAUUCGGGGGCUAAUCAGACGAUUGCGGGUUUUCGGGGCAUUUCCUUUAUUAAAGAAAUGGGAUUACCGAUACAUCCCACCAAUAAGAGAAUCACGGUCGCGAAUGAUGAGAGUUGCUCGGUUGAGGGCGUAGUGAGCUUGCCGAUGGAAUUGCAGGGUCGGGGAAAAAUCGUGGAAGUUUUGUUAGUACCGGGUUUGAGACACGAACACAUAUUGGGAACAGACUUUUGGCGAACGAUGGGUAUAGUACCUAAUCUUAGGCGCGGUGAUUGGUCGUUUUCAAAAGAGCCACCGUUGGUGAGAGUUAAUGCGAUACAGGCGCGAUCCGAACUUAAUCGGAAAGACGAAAUUAAGUUGCGGGAAAUUAUCGAGAAUCUAUUUCGUAGAGAUAUGGAAGGCGAAUUAAGUCAUACGACGUUGGUGGAGCAUCAUAUUCGUACGGAUGCGUUACCGAUAAAACAGAGGUACUAUCCGAUUUCUCCGGCAAUGCAGAAAGUAGUAGAUAGGGAACUCGAUGAAAUGUUACGGUUGGGGGUCGUGGAGAGAUCGCGAAGCGCGUGGUCAUCACCGGUAUUGUUGGUUCCGAAAAGGGAUGGCGGUUAUAGAUUCUGCGUGGAUUAUAGACAACUUAAUAAGGUUACACAGGCGAAUGCGUAUCCUUUGCCGCAGGUAUCAUGGACGUUAGACCGUUUAAGAGACGCAAAAUAUCUGUCAUCAAUUGACAUCAAAUCGGCGUACUGGCAGAUACCGAUGGCUAAAACGAGUAUGCAGUAUACGGCAUUUACGGUACCGAAUCGCGGGUUGUUCCAAUUUAGGCGUAUGCCUUUUGGACUGUCGAAUGCUCCGGCGACGUGGCAAAGAUUUAUUGAUGGGGUAAUAGGAAAUGAUUUAGAUCCACAUGUUUUCGUUUAUCUCGAUGACAUAAUAAUAGUGACCGCGACGGUGGAGAAGCAUUUCGAGAUUUUGCAGACGGUUUGCAAUCGUUUGAUAGAAGCGGGACUUACUUUGAAUAAAGAAAAAUGUCAGUUUUUCCGGGAUAGCCUUAAAUAUUUGGGUUACGUGGUAGACGGUAACGGGUUGCAUGUCGAUCUGGAUAAGGUCAAGUCGAUUCUGGAAAUCCCUGUACCAAAAAAAUUAUCGGAAGUUAGAAGGAUGAUUGGUGUAUCGAGCUGGUACAGACGUUUCGUGCCGGGUUUCGCGACUAUAAUUUCACCAUUGACGGCUUUGCUUAAGAAAAAUUGUUUUUGUUGA